AUGGCACGUGUCAAUACAAGGACGGACGAGUACAGGAAGCUAACGGAGGAGUACAGGAAGCUAAGGUGGGCUGUAGCGCAGGGAAUUAAAGGUCGCUUGAACCGCUUGCUUUCUGCCUAUGUUGGUGAUUUGGUAAUGGCCAUUGUCAAAAAGGAAAAGCUUGAUCUCAGGAAGAAGGUUAUGUCUGCUGUCAUUGUUAGGCAACGUAAGUCUUGGCGCCAAAUGGAUGGUGUUUUCAUAUUUUUUGAAGAUAAUGUUGGUGUUAUUGUGAAUCUCAAAGAAGAAAUGAAAGGCUCAGUAAUUACCGGUCUAAUUGGAGAGGAGUAUGCUGAUCUUUGGUCUAGGAUUGCAAGCGCAGCUAAUUCUAAGAACUUUAAUUUGUUUGUUUCUUUUCUUUGGGAAUCAUAUUGUUGUUAA